CAUGAGGGGCGGAGCCGAGCAGCCAGGGACUGUUACUGAGAAACAUAAGAGGAUGUCGAAUUAACGGAGGAAGAAAAAGAUAACGGUGACUAUUUACAUUAUUGUAACUGGUGCAGAAGAAUCGUGAGAGAAACUGACACCAAUGAUUUUUUUCCCAGACGUUUAAAGGUGCAAUAGUGGAUACUCGCACAAACAACCUAAAAUUUGAAGAUGUUGCGUUACAUAAUUUUCUUCUCUACACUUCUCAUGAUAUCUGUAACAGUCCGAGCCCAAUGUGACACACCUGUUGUUGGAGGAAACCGGAUUAUGACUGAAGGAUUACAACAAGGGCCUUUUCCUGAAGGAUCCACUAUAAAGUUCAAAUGUUCCACCGGUUAUGUUCCUGAGCGACUAGCUUCCAGCUCAAUCACCUGCAUGGGAACCCAGUGGAGUGAACUCGAACUUCAGUGCAGAAAAAAGAGCUGUGGGAAUCCUGGUGAGAUAACCAAUGGAAAGUAUGAGUAUCAACCUACAGACGCAGUUUUGUUUGGAGCGGUCGUCACAGCAGUGUGUAAUAAAGGUUCUAAAGUCUUAUCCAAUCCUGGAAACAGUACUCUGGUCAGUAUGCAAACCAAAGUACCAUCAACUGAGGAAGCUUCAUCGAGAAGCGUUCCAGAGUCUAUCGUCCUCUCUCACCUGGUUAUUGAAUAUUGAGUAUUUAUCUACAAAGCAAGCUCCUUGUGCUUCAAAGCAAAAUAUCUGCUGUAUUUUCUGUUUUUGCAAGCUUCAUAUUUGUACAACUACCAAAGCUCAAUUAUGGGUGUCAUUUUUGUGUUUUGUUGUGCUACUGUAAAUACUGUAUGUGUAUAUUGAAGGAUCAGUUUCACAGACUGAACUGAAUAUAAAAUAUCAACAAUCAGCUGUUUCUUUGCACUGAAAUGUACUAUAAAAUAUAAAUGGAUUAUUUUGAAGAGAAAUGUUCCUUCUUUAUUAUAUUAUAAAUAUUAUUGGAUGUAUUUAAGUAGAUAGAAGUGAAUUACUUCUAAAGGAAAGGAUAAUAUUGCAGCAUUUCAUAUAUAAGAAAUCAUAAGAA